AGAUUAGGUAAGUUAGAUUAGAGGUAGUAAGUAAUUAAAAGAGAAAAUAUUUGUUUAAAAAAUAAAAUAAGAAAAGGAGUAAAAAAGACGGCCCCCGUCAACGCGUACCCAAAGGUAGACCUAAAAGAGAGGGGGCGGUCCAUAAACAAUAAAUGCGGUCCAACACCGGCCUCCGUUAAUCGCCACGUACCGUACACUUAAUCAACCGGCAAAUGCCGGUUCUCUACUCUUCUCCUAUGCUUAUACUAUAAUCCCAAGCUGUUCUCCAAAUUCCCAACCCAAAGUCUUUUUCACAUACACUUCACCCCAUUUUCUCACUCUCUUUUUCUAUCAUUUUUUUUUUUUUUAAGAAAAAGUCUCUUUUUGGUUUAAUGCAAAGAUAAGAACUUUGGGUUUCUUUUGUUUCUUAGAAAAACAAAAAAUAUGGAGGAGAAUAUGUGAAAAAGUGUGUGGAGAAGAAGAAAGAGAAUUUCAUUUCCAUGGCGAAUUUAAUAUUUUCCGAUGAGAAUCCGUCAGCGGCGGCAGCAGCAGCAGCACCAGAAGCGACCAGUUCCGGUGGAAGCAUCUUUGACAUGGCAACUGGAGCAGGGGCAUGUGAUGGAGAUACUAAGUGGGGGUCUUCUUUAGGUUUCAUGGACUUGCUUGGCAUCCAUCAAGAUGUCAUUGCCCCUUCUUUAUUCGAUUCCUUUCAGCCACCACCGAUUCUUCCACCACCACCUCCCUCAACAUCAUCUGAACCACUUCUUCACCAACAACUGGACGCGAAGCAGCUUCAAGCCCUUCCAUCGCCGGCCUCCACCCUGCCGGAAUCUUCUGAAGUUUUAAACAACCCUGCAACACCAAACUCUUCUUCCUUCUCUUCUUCAUCUAAUGAAGCUGCAAAUGAUCAUGAACCAACCAAAGCUGAAGAUGAUGAAGAAGAAGAGCAGGAUCAAGACAAGACAAAGAAACAGUUGAAACCCAAAAAGAAGAACCAAAAAAGGCAAAGGGAACCGAGAUUUGCGUUCAUGACAAAGAGUGAAGUUGAUCACUUAGAUGAUGGUUACCGAUGGAGAAAGUAUGGCCAAAAAGCUGUGAAAAACAGCCCUUUUCCCAGGAGCUAUUAUCGUUGCACCAGCGCUGGCUGUGGGGUGAAGAAGAGAGUCGAGAGAUCCUCCGAUGAUCCCACCAUCGUUGUCACCACUUACGAAGGCCAACACAAGCAUCCCUACCCGAUAACUCCUCGAGGAAGCAUUGGAAUCAACAUGGAUCCCUCCUCUAGUUUUGGCCCAUCUUUUGUUGUUCCUCAACCUCAGUAUUUACAUCAGCAGCAACAAUUGCAACCCUAUAUAUAUAACUCAUCGCCUUCUUUGAACAUUACUAGUAUCACUACUAGUGGCUCUAGCUUCAAUGCCUCGAUCCCUGAUUUCCUUCAAGACAGACGUUUUAAUACUUCUCCUACUUCUUCUUCAGCUUCGUUACUAAGAGACAAUGGACUCCUUCAGGAUAUUGUUCCAACACAGAUGAGGAAAGAGGCAAAGGAACAGUAAGACAGUAUGGGUUCUUUUUUUAUAUAUAAUUAUAUGAUUGCUGGUAUGUAGUUUCCUAAUCCUUUACUAACUGAUAAAAAACCCAAUUCACUAUAUCUUUUUUUAUUCAAUCUAUUAUCAUCUGUAUAAAAUCACCUGUCUUUUUAUAGUGUUUUUGCAGGAGAACAAGUGGUUUUGUACUUGGUUUUUCUUGUGGUUAUUAUUCUUUGUAUUUAAGGAGAAUUCAAUUAUGGAAAUAUUGGGGUUUUUUUAUUAUUAAUUUCUUCCAUUUGUGCUACACGUUAGUCAUUUUCUUCUCCUUUCUUUUUCAUUGUAUGCAUUGUCAAGAGAGAAAACGUAGGUACAAAGAAGACUUUAGGGUUAGGGUUUUUUUCAUGAAAAAGUCGUCAUGCAGACUAGUUGUUAGCAAAGCAACAUUUUAUUGGAUGGGUCAAAGCUCUUGAACUUGUAGAAAAAGGAAGCUGGGAAAUCUACCCUAGGAAGCUAGAGAAAGAGAGAGGGCAGGGCAGUGAAAACAAUGUGUUAAAAGUUAAAUUAUUAUUUGAAUGCCAUAUGUUUCAUUGAUGGAAGUGCAAAGAAAAAGAUGAAAAAAAACAAUGACUUGGUAGUCUAAUUCACAUUAGCCCCUUUUAAAAAUCAUGGAUUUUUCUUCCUUUCCAAGCUAUGGAGAUACAAGUCACUAAUUUAUGGAAUGUGAACAUAAUAUCUCUUUCUACAAGUCUUCCCCAUAUUAGCUCUUACCACACAUGCUUCUCUACUUAUCUAUGGGCAGAAACUAUAAUGAAAGCGGAAGAGGUUAGGGAUGUCCAAGAAUCGAGGCUUAGACCUAAUGUCAAUUAUACGAUCCGGUUUGACAACAUGAAAUCUGGGUUGGGAAGAAAAUUUACUUUGAGGAGUAAUGGCAUUGUAUCAUAUUAAAUAUCCCAUCCUUUAGCUUUAACUUAAAAAAGAAUAUUUCAUGUCAUGUACAAACUAUAGACCAAGCAUAUAUGCAUAUAUUCUUUGUUAUCGAAAGUGUCAAUAUGCACACUUGAAUUUCAUAAAUGGAAACUAAAGAGAAAGUAAAAUCUUUUUGAAUUCACUGUAUAUAUAGCAGUAAUAUAUACUCUUUUUAUUUAUUAUUUGUUGUUUAUAUAAAAUGAAAAUAAAAAAUUACAGUAUUGUCUGUUAAAGCAUACUGUGAUAUGAGAGUGCUCCAGGUCAAGAUACUUAUUAUAUCAUGCAUUAGUUUGGGAGAACCGGCCACCUCAGGGACAAGACAUAUAUGUAUGUUCGAAGAUGUAAGAAUAAAGAAGAAGGUGAGGCAAAGAAUAAUGAAAAUUUCCUGGAUUGUGUUAUCAGUAUCCCGUUGGAAGAUUUUUGCAUACAACAGCUGGCUUGAAAUUUAGACAGCAUCUUCUAUUUCUGCUAAUGUUAAUUUAUAUAUAUAUAUAUAUACACACACCAUCGAUCCAGAAAGGAUAUGUUUUUUGGGGGGGUUAAAAUUCUGAACCACGUGCAUGAAAGAAUGAGUAUAUUGUCAGCAAAAGUUGGCCGUCCAAAGCAGCAUAACUUGUGGAAACUAUUCUUGUUUCAUAUAUAUAUAGAGAGAGAGAGUGUGUGUGUGUGUUUGUGUAAAUAUAGGAUAGUCACUGGUUUACUUAAUACCACAAAGAAGAAAGAGUAGAGAGAAACGUUUAUGUAAUUAUCUCAACAUUCAAUAUUUUCACCUCUAUCAUGUUGGCUACCAAAA